AUGGGUGAAAAUGCCAAAGCCGAAAUCACUCAGGCUGAAAGGGACAACAGAUGGGGGAUGGCAUACAAAGCUCGGAUGAGGCAGAUUGUCCCUGGUCUCUUGGGAAAUGUUGAGGCAUCAUACAAACGGCAAAUGCUUCAAAAUAACAGAAUCAACGCGAUCGUCUCUCUCACCUCUGCUCGAUUUGCAUGGUGGAGAUCUACCACAAGAACGGCAGGUAUUCAUAAAUGGAUCCAGUGUGCCGAUUCGUCCACUCAAGAUCACCUUGUCUAUAUGAGUUAUAUCUGCGACUCCAUCGAUCAAUGGCAGCCCCAGCUCUUUCGUCAUUAUCCUCAUUGCCUGCCGAGUGCAACUUUGAGACGAACGACGAGUGACCUGAUCCGGCUUCAGAGGCGAUAUUAA